GAGCGCUGGGGAGGAGACCUGGUGGGAGCUGGGAAGACAGCAGAUUCCGCGGCCCGAGCCGGCCAGCCGGCCCAGGGAACAGGUUCCCGGGAGGAAGAGCGAGGGGCUCGUGACCUUUCUUCUUUGCCAGGGCUCCGCCAUAUUUGCACCAGGUUCCUUUUCUCCAGUGACCCGGAGCGCUGUCAGCGUUGCUUCAGUUUUCCUCCGGACUGCAAGCCUUGUCCUGCGGCGAGGGCGCGAAGCCUGCGAGGAGGGUGCCUUCCUUCGCCCACCCCCCUGGAUCACAGGGCGGGGAUCGCUGGCUGCGGGAGGAGGCGUGUGGGGAAGAAAACCCGGGGAGAAGGGAGCCUGCCCUCACCUGGGAGCAGAGGCCUGUUAGCAGCCCGCGGCCCCGCCUUAACUGUUGGCGACCCGGCGCGAAGGCGGGAGGCAGUUCGGUUUUUUUGUCCUUCAUGCACUGUUUGAGGGGAAGCCACCCCAUUUUGAGUUAAGAAUCUGAAGUAAACAAGAAGGCAUGAUGUCUUCAGUGUGGUCUGAAUAUACAAUUGGUGGGGUGAAGAUCAAUUUUCCUUGUAAAGCUUAUCCAUCACAGCUUGCUAUGAUGAAUUCUAUUGUGAGAGGAUUAAACAGUAAGCAACAUUGUUUGUUGGAGAGCCCUACAGGAAGUGGGAAAAGCUUAGCUUUACUUUGUUCAACUUUAGCAUGGCAGCAGUCUCUCAGUGGGAAACAAGUCGAUGAAAAUUUAAGUGAAAAAGCUGAAUUACCAUUGUCAUGUUGUUGUACAUGCCAUUCAAAGAAUUUUGCAAAUGAUGACGUGAACCAAGGAACUUCACAUCAUUUCAACAGUCCAAGUAUACCACCUUCUGAAAGAAGUGGCACUUCGUCAACUUGUCAUGAAGACUCUCCUGUAAAAACUACGCUUGCUGCAAAGCUCUCUGCAAAGAAACAGGCAUCUGUAUACAAAGACGAAAGUGAUGAUUUUCAGGUAGAGAAGAAAAGAAUUCGACCCUUGGAAACUACACAACAGAUUAGAAAACGCCAUUGUUUUGAAAAGGAGGUACACCCUUCAGAAGCAAAAGUUGCUUCAGGAAAGACCACGGAACUCAACUCUCCAUUGGGAAAAAUGAAUUCCUCUUCUCCACAAAAUGCUCCUGGUCACUGUUCUAAGUGCUGUUGUUCUGCUAAGCAAGGAAACAGUCAAGAUUCUUCAAAUACCAUUAAGAAGGAUCAUGGGGGGAAAUCCAAGAUACCCAAAAUAUAUUUUGGGACACGAACUCACAAGCAGAUUGCUCAAAUUACUAGAGAGCUCCGGAGGACAGCAUACGCAGGGGUCCCAAUGACUAUUCUUUCAAGCAGGGAUCAUACUUGUAUCCAUCCUGAAGCAGUGGGUAAUUUCAACAGAAAUGACAAGUGCAUGGAACUUCUGGAUGGAAAAAAUGGCAAAUCCUGCUAUUUUUAUCAUGGUGUUCAUAAAAUUAGUGAUCAACGCACAUUACAGACUCUCCAAGGGAUGUGCAAGGCAUGGGAUAUAGAAGAACUCGUGAGCUUGGGGAACAAAGUAAAGGCAUGCCCGUACUACACAGCACGAGAACUAAUAAAAGAUGCUGCCAUAGUAUUUUGUCCCUACAACUAUCUUCUAGAUGCACAAAUAAGAGAAAGUAUGGAUAUCAAUCUGAAAGAACAAGUUGUUAUUUUAGAUGAAGCUCAUAACAUUGAGGACUGUGCCCGGGAAUCAGCAAGUUACAGUGUAACAGAGGUUCAGCUUCGAUUUGCUCGAGAUGAACUAGAUAGUAUGGUCAACAAUAAUAUACGGAAGAAAGACCAUGAACCUCUACGAGCUGUGUGCUAUAGCCUCAUUAAUUGGUUAGAAGCAAACUCUGAACAUCUUGUGGAAAGAGAUUAUGAAUCAUCCUGUAAAAUAUGGAGUGGAAAUGAAAUGAUCUUAAAUUUACACAAAAUGGGCAUCACCACUGCUACUUUUCCCAUUUUGCAGGGACAUUUUUCUGCUGUUCUUCAAAAAGAAGAAAAAGUGUCACCAAUUCAUGGUAAAGAGGAGGCAAGAGAAGUACCUAUUAUUAGCACUUCAACUCAGAUAAUGUUCAAAGGACUUUUUAUGGUGUUUGAGUAUCUUUUUAGGCAAAAUCGCAGAUUUGCAGAUGAUUAUAAAAUUGCUAUUCAGCAGACUUACUCUUGGAUAUAUCAGACUGAUAUUUCAGAUAAAAAUGGGUUCUUUGCUCUACCAAAAAAUAAGAAAAGUUUAAGACAGAAAGCUGCAGUUAACGUGCUAAACUUUUGGUGCUUAAAUCCAGCUGUGGCAUUUUCAGAUGUUAAUGGCAAAGUUUGGACAAUUGUUUUGACAUCUGGGACAUUAUCUCCAAUGAAAUCAUUUUCAUCAGAGCUUGGCAUUACAUUUACUAUCCAACUGGAAGCUAAUCAUAUCAUUAAUAACUCACAGGUUUGGAUUGGCACAAUUGGAUCAGGCCCUAAGGGUAGGAAUCUCUGUGCUACUUUCCAGCACACAGAAACAUUUGAAUUCCAGGAUGAAGUGGGAGCACUUUUGUUAUCUGUGUGCCAGACUAUGAGCCAAGGAAUUUUGUGUUUCUUGCCAUCAUACAAGUUACUAGAGAAAUUAAAAGAACGUUGGCUCUUCACUGGUUUAUGGCAUAAUCUGGAGUUGGUGAAGACAGUCAUUGUAGAACCACAGAGUGGAGAAAAAACUAAUUUUGAUAAAUUACUGCAGGUGUACUAUGAUGCAGUCAAGUGCAAAGGAGAGAAAGAUGGAGCCUUAAUGGUAGCAGUUUGUCGUGGUAAAGUGAGUGAGGGUCUGGAUUUCUCAGAUGACAAUGCUCGUGCCGUCAUAACAGUAGGAAUUCCUUUUCCAUAUGUGAAAGAUCUACAGGUUGAACUAAAGCAACAAUAUAAUGACCAGCAUUCAAAAUCGAGAGGUCUUUUACCUGGUCGUCAAUGGUAUGAAAUUCAAGCAUACAGGGCCUUAAACCAGGCCCUAGGUAGGUGUAUUAGACACAGAAAUGAUUGGGGAGCUCUUAUUCUAGUGGAUGAUCGCUUCAGGAGUAACCCAAGUCGAUAUAUAUCCGGACUUUCUAAGUGGAUACGGCAGCAGAUUCAGCACCAUUCCUUUGAAAGUGCAAUGGAGUCCUUAGCUGAAUUUUCCAAAAAGCACCAAAAAGACAUUGAUGCAUCCAAAGAGGACAGAAAGCCUGUACAAGACAGUGAGACAACACUUGAAGUGACCUGUUUGAAGGACAAAACUUACUUAGUGAAAACAAGUCAGCUACCACCAGAAAAUCCUAAGGAAGGCGAAACAAAAAUGUGUGUGCAAGAACUACAUGCCCCUAAAACAAUAACUAAAAGUUCAUCUACACCAAGCGACAUCAUCUCCAGAAAAAAGAAAAAUGAUCCGGUAUUAUUGGAGGAGUCUGCCCAGGCAAUGAAAGCAGAAAAAAUUGUGAUUUCCAGAUCUAUAAGCCCAACCUUCAAUAAACAGACAAAGAGAGCUAACUGGCCUAGCUCUAAUUCUUUAGGAGAGUACCCUACUGGUGACAUUCUGAAUGCCACACCUAUGUUCAGGUCAUCAGAGGACUGUGCCUCUAGUUCUUCCACUUUAGAAACAGACAAGGGAUUUAAAUCUAUUUUGCCAUUCACUGACGAAUGUGAGUCCUCAUCUGUGACAAAAAACACAUCAUGCCUUCAAUCAGAAACUUUCAUUCCAUCAAUAAAGAUUGAUGCUACUCUUCUUAAAAAAAAUCAAUCCAAACAGCUGCUUGGCUGUGAAGAAGCCCUGGAUCCAGACAUCGAAUUGUCUCUAGUAAGUGAAGAGGCUGAACUUUCCACUCCAAAUAGAGAUUUUGAAACAGAAGCAGAAGAUGAAUCUAUCUAUUUUACACCUGAACUUUAUGAUCCUGAGGAUACAAAUGAAGAAAAAAAUGAGCUGGUUGGAACUGAUAGAGAUAAUAGAUCAGCUAAUAAUUCAGAUUGCAUUUUAGCUGAAGAUCUUGAAAUGAGAAUUAUGAAGGGAGCAGAUUCAGUCGGAGAAAUGAAAACUGAGAAUUGUACAGACACAGAGUUGAAUAGACUCAUGCAUAUUACAGAAAAUAAAAUUGAUGACAUUGGUGAUAAUAAUGUAAAAACAACACAUGUAAGUGAAUUGGAACUCAGAAAAAUGUGUUAAACAGAUACAAAGAACUCUAACAGUUUCCUUCCAAAAAUAAAGGUGUAUUUUCUGGUGUACUUCAAGCUAUAAAAAUAUGUUGUCAUGUUUAUUUUAAACUGUACGAUAAAUGAUAACAUAUACUGAAUAAGUAGUAAAGGUUUUUAAUUUGAAAUGCAUUUUUCACUUUAAUUCAUUAGAGUUUUUUUAAAGUCUGUGUUCAGAAAUGUAAGUUUUAUUUGCUAUUGAGUUUUGAUAGUGACUCAUACAAAGUAUUCUCCAAAAAGUCAUCCUUGGCUAAAUGCAGUUUAAAACUGAUCAACCUAAAAGAUACAUAGUUUCCUAGGCACACUAAAUUUCACAUAAAUAUUUGUAUUUUGUAGUUCCCUUAACGUUUGUUUUCAUAUUGACACACAAACAUUCGUAAUAGUCGAAUCCGUCACACCUCAGUCAUGUUUCACUACAGAUUUGACCUCAAAUUGGUAUGAAAUUUUUUUAGAAAUCAAAAUUUUCUUCACAGUUUAUUCUUGCCUACUUAUAAAAGGUAAUUAAGAAUUAAGAAAGCUGCAUAUAUUUUUAAUUGAAAUUGUUUUACCUUUAUUUUGCAAUAAACCAAAAUAAAGCAUGUUUUUAGCAAAUCAUGUAAAGUUACAAAAUGCCAAAUUAAGGACUCCAAAUUUUCAUUUCUAAUACUUAGUUUCAUCACUGUUGUGAAAAGAAGUGUCAUGAUCCUAGGCUCUAAUUAUGUAAAUGUUAAGGUAGAAAACUUCAUAUAUAAGUUUGAGAAGGAAACUCAAACUUGGAACUGUAGCCAAAGAAGUGUUCCUUUAUAGCUCAGUAAGACUUUUUAUAAAUUUUGACUCUGUUUAUGUUUUUGUGAAUGAAGCUGUGCUUAUGAUCAAAAAUGAUUAUGAAAGAUGUUCUUCUCUGACAUCAUUCCAAAAAUACAUUUACUGAUCUUCUAUAUUCAAUGGACAUUUAGGCUUCUUGUGAUUUGUAUUGAAAUUUUAUGAGCUGCUGAAGUUGUUGAUGUGUUUUAUUACUUUCAUGUUAGAAUUCCCAGCAAUCAAGUAUCUUUUAUAUUCAUUUGGAUAAAUGAAUUAUUAUAUAUGCACAUGUUUACUUUUAUUUUUACAGUGUUUAGAUUGAAUACAGCUUGUUUCUAUAGCAUUGGCUAUUACAAUUCGAAGCAUGAUUCAAAGAAAUUUAAGUUAUUUACCAAAGAAUUCAUGUAUCAGUUGGGAUGUAUUAGAUCCCACCUAGUAUUAUAUAUUUUUCAUAGUGGAUUCGUGAAUAAAGUGUUACCAACACUA